AUUGCCAGAUCACAGUUACAAGGUGAGAAAUAAAAAAAAAAUAUUGGGUAAUUUAAAGGGGUGAAUAGGAUAUUGGUUACACAUUGAGAUAUCUAUAUUACAACAAGGAACUUCAACACCUUUAAAGACGGUAAGACUGUUCAUGAAAUACAUUUUAUUUUCUGUGACAUUUAAAAAAAAAAUAUAUUAAAACAAUUUGAUGUAGCAUUAGGUCUAACAUUUUACACAAAUGUUUCUUCAUAUCUAUUACGAUAUAACUCAUCUAAGGCAAUAUACGUCUUUCUUUUAAUAAUAAGAACAUUUCUAAAAGUAGUCUUCAUGUAAUCUAGUCAUUUUAAUUGCAUGUAGUUCAAACUCCAACUACAGUUCAUAAUGUUAUUCUCUGCAACCAGAACUCGUAAAAAUUAUGUAACGUGAACUAUAUUAACUUAUUGAGUCAAACAAGAGUUAAUUAUAUAUUUUACUAUGUAUAGAUAUAAAUAAAUUCUACGUAACUUCGUGUAUUUAAGUCUCAAUUAAAAAAAAAAGCAACAAAAAAAAAAAACAAAAAAAAAACAACUUAAAAAUUUAUUUAAUUAUGAAGUAGCAGUCACCAUGGCAACCUAUGAUGUCGACAGCCUUAUCAGAAAGAUAACGUGAACUAAAUUAACUUAUUGAGUCAAACAAAAGUUAAUUAUAUAUUUUACUAUUUAUAAAUAUAAAUAAAUUCUACGUAACUUCGUGUAUUUAAGUCUCAAUUAAAAAAAAAAGCAACAAAAAAAAAAACAAAAAAAAAACAACUUAAAAAUUUAUUUAAUUAUGAAGUAGCAGUCACCAUGGCAACCUAUGAUGUCGACAGCCUUAUCAGAAAGAGUCGGGAAGCCUUACUCCAGGCCUAUUGUCCUUACAGUAAAUUCCGUGUUGGUGCGGCGUUACUGACAAAAGAUGGAACGAUCUACACUGGCAAGUCAAAGAGUGCACUAACUUCGUCCUCUCUUAUUUGAUAAUAAAUAUUUCAUAAUACAAUCCUAUCACGUUUACAAUUACACAGCGGAUCUAAACAUUCUCAAAUUCAUAUACUAUAAUCUCUUGUCGGUAUAUGAUAAGACGAAGUAUUUAUAAUAUAAUCUAAAAAUCAUUAGAUUGCUUUAACUUAAGUAAAUUUAUUUGAGAAACCCUGACUCACUUGCAUUGAAACAUAAACAUAUGCAGGCAUAAUUAGGAUUCGUCUAGGAUUGUUCUCAAUCUAUAUACAUUUUAGGAAAACGAAUAACUACUUAUUGCUGACCAAUAAUUUGCAGGAUGCAAUGUAGAAAAUGCUUCCUAUGGACUGACGAACUGCGCAGAGAGGACAGCAAUAUUUAAAGCUGUUUCUGAGGGUAAAAAGAAUUUCCAGGCAAUAGCUAUUGCUUUGUAAGUGGAACGAAAUCAUCUUUCAUUUUGUUUUUAAGUCACUCUCAAAUAAUGACGUAAUCAAUAUUUGAACGUAUGGGGAAAAACAAAAAAAUAAUUCCAAGGGAGAAACAAAAAUAUGUAAAAAAAGUCAAAUUAAUGCCCUUUCAAUAGUUAAGCAACACGUACAAAUAUAAUUUUAAAUUAAGGAUAAACAAUUAACAAAUUUAAAAAAAACAUAUGAUAAUUAAAAAUCUGCAUUUACAAUAUUAUAAUAUUUUUUUUUUAUAUUUUAUUUUUAAAAUUUAAAAAAAGUAUUUUAAAAAUCAAUUAAAAUUUGUGGAUAGAGAAAUUAUUUGAGCCUAAUGUAUUUUAAAUAAUACCUUAGGCUUGAUUGUUGCAAUAUAAUAACAAUUUAUUAAAGGAUUUCCCCUAUUUGAACGUUGGUGGUCAUCAUUAUGAUAUUCAAAGAUGGACGUAGUUAACCCUUAUCCAUUAUUAAAUCUAUAUUUCUAUCUCACAUACUCGUAUUUUACAAGUCAAAGAGCAAUAUAGUGUCAUGCUUCUUAAAAAAUCCAAGAACAUUUACAUUAAACUCUUGUGUUUUCCCCAUCAAUCUCAUUGCUAAACUUAAUAUAUUAUCUGCCAAUACCUGUUAUUCUUAAUUAAUCCCAUAAUAUUAUGAGUAUUUUCCUCUAUACUGCUAGGUAGUUAAGCAUUUUAAAAAAAUCUUCAAUUUUAUUUUGGAAAACUAUAAUGAAGAAACAGAAAACUACAAUUUUGUCAAAAAUUACUUUUUAUUCUGUUGUGAAUUUUUAAUUAUUAUUAUAAUUUUUUUUUUUACUUUUCGUAAAGAAACGUUUACGGUUAAAAUCCUAUGUUAUAAUUUAAAUGUGAAAACUUGUAGGUUUUAGAUAUUUGAGGGUUUGUGGUUAAUGAGAUAAAGAUUUCUUGGGGAAGACUGCGUUAUUGAACUGUGAACACUUCGGGAUGUUUUAUGGUUGGGUGGAGUAAAAGUGAUAUGAUCUGUAUAGACAGGUUUUGAUCUGAGAAUUUCACCCAGUGCAGAGUUAAUGAUUCUAAUAAUUGAAGUAGAGAUUUUUUAAGUUAAAUUAUAAACAUCAGAAAAGAUUUACAGUGCUGAGAAUGCAUUAAAUCUACUUAUUGUAAAGUCGGAUGACAGAUAAAUUAAUAUUAUUUUUGAAAUAACACAUGUAAUCGGAAAGUCUGUAUUAUUUUUUUCCCCAGCAACUUAAAACAUGUAAUGUAAACAUUUAUUUGUAUACUUCAUGUGGUAACUAUUUACAUUUUUAUUUUUUUUUAUUUUUAGUGACGAAGUGAAAGCUUUUAGUUCCCCUUGUGGUGCAUGUCGCCAGGUCAUGUUAGAGGUAGGUCAUAUUAAGUGCAUGUCCAAGAUGAAGUUCAUGUUAGUGCUAGACCAUGUAAUUCUGAGGUCACGUUUUUCCAAGGUCAUACAAUUGGUAAUCCCCGUACGUCUUAGGUAAAGUAAUUCUAACCUAACGUUAUUUUUAGGUGUAAGGUCAUAAAUUGAUAGGUCAUGUUAGUUGGGGGAGAGGGGUUUCAUGGUAGGUCAUGUUAGGGUUAGUCAUGUCUGGUUUAAGUCAUGUCUGGUUUAAGUCAUGUCUGGUUUAGGCGAUGUAAGUUUUAAAUCAUGUUGGUGGUAGAUCAUGCAAGUGUAAGGUUCUAUGAGUGUCAGGUCAUUUGUUGUUAGGUCAUUUUGGUGUUAGCUCUUGUUAGAGUAAGAUCAUAAAGUGGUAGGUUAUGAUAGGGAUUUGUCAUUUGAGUUGUAUAUUAUAGUAAAAUUGGGUCAUGUUUGAUUUAGCCCAUCUUAAUGGUAGAUUAUAUUAGUGGUACUUAUUUUUGCUGUAGCCUUUGUUAGUUGUAGAUAAUGUUAGUGGGAGGUCAUUGUUGAUGUAUCCCAUUUUAGUUGCAGAUCAUCUUAGUGGUAGGUCAUGUUUGUUGUAGUCAAUGUUAGUGGUAGAUCACGUUAGUGGUAGGUCAUAUUUGAUGUAGCCCAUGAUAAUGGUAGGUCAUGCAAGUGUUAGUUUAUGUAAUUGUUAAUUCACAUUAUUGUAAGUCAUGUUGGUGGUAUUUCUUUAUAGAAUAGAGUAAGGUCAUAAAGUGGUUAGGUCAUGUUUGUGCUAAGUUAUUUUGGUGGUAGAUCAUAUUAGUAGUAAAUAUUGCAAGUGGCUGUUAAUGUUAGUGUUAGGUAACGAUUUUGGUAGCUUACGUUUUUUUGGUAUUUCUUGUCAGUGAUAUGUCGUUUAAGUUGCAGUUAAAAUUAGCCCUGGAUCAUGCCAGAGAUAUUUUAUGUUAGAGUAAAACCAAUACUUUCAGGUCGUGUAGAGGCUGGUGACUAUACAUACACUGAAACAAUACAUUAAACAGUUGCAUUGUUCCAAUACCUAUUACAUAAUAUUUAAUUUUAAACAGUGUUGGUUUUAAUAACGAUCCAUUAGAAUUCAUUAAUAAAAUGAGUACGGAUAAAUGAUACUUUUUAUUUCAAUGUUAUAAAGAUAUUGAUGUGCAUUCUACAACCACGAGCAGAACUCUUACUUCUAGCACCGAAUUCACCCUUCGUUUCAGUUUGGUGCAGACUAUGACGUCUACCUUACCAAGCCUGACUUGACCUACCAGAAGCUCACAGUUAAGGACCUGCUACCACAUGCUUUCAACCUUGAUAAUUAAACUCAAACGGUGGCGAUUUCGUCUUAUUUAAUGUGUAACAUGUAAAUAAAAAAAAAAUAAACUUUUCAGUGAAGCCUC